GGUGGAUAAUUACACAAAAUCCAUCAUUGUACCUCUGCCACAAACAAAGUAGAAAACUACAAGGUGAUCCGAUUUCUGAAUCCACGCCCACACCCACACACAUUUCCCACAGAGUAACAAUGGCAAAACUGAUUCUACUAGACUACUGGACCAGCAUAUACGGCAUGAGGGUCAGGAUCGCUCUUGCUGAAAAGGGUCUUUCGUACGAGCACAGACAGGAAGAUUUGAGGAACAAGAGCCAGCUUCUACUCGACUCGAACCCCGUUCACAAGCAGAUCCCGGUUCUCAUCCACAACGGCAACCCAAUCUGCGAGUCCAGCAUCAUCGUCCAAUAUAUCGAUGAAGUUUGGAAAGAUAAAGCUCCAUUGUUUCCUUCUGAUUCUUAUGCCAAAGCUCGUGCUAGAUUCUGGGCUGACUUUAUAGACAAAAAGCUAUACCAAAUUGGGAUGAAUUUGUACACAAAAAAAGGUGAGGAACAUGAAGCAUCAAGGAAAGAGUUCAUGGAUUGCCUUAAAUUGCUUCAAGGAGAGCUUGGAGACAAACCUUACUUUGGAGGUGAAAAUUUUGGCUACCUUGAUCUAUCUUUAAUCCCAUUUUAUUCAUGGUUUCAAGCCUAUGAAACAUAUGGGAACUUCAACUUUGACCACGAGUGCCCGAAAUUGAUUGCAUGGGCUAAACGAUGCAUUCAAAACAAGGAGAGUGUGUCUAACACUCUUCCUGACUUGCCAAAAAUCUUAGGCUUCGUUCAAUACAUGCGUAAGAAAUUUGGAAUCGAGGAAUAGACCUUACAUUAUACCAAAAGGAAACACCUAGUUAGAUGUGUUUUUCUGAGUUGUAUAUAUAUAACUAUAAAGACUGUUGCACUUUUCAACUGUAACCGUGUAACAUAUGUGUUUGCGAGAUUUAAAUCUAUUAAACAGAAUAUGAUUUCGAGGAA